AUGGAUACUAUAUUGUCAGAAUUUAUUACUCGCACAAAGGCAGAUCCAGGCUUGGCUAGGGAUCUUUUAGAAGGCCAUGAAUGGGAUUUGCAAUCUGCACUUUCAGCAUUUUAUAUGCUAAAAGGCAUCACAACUGGGCCAAAACCGAAAGAAUCAGUUCCAGUUCCUAUAAAGCUCUCAGGAGGCCAUAAACAACAUUUGGAUGUUGAUUCAUACGUUGUGUCUUCAAAAUGUUGUUCCCAUGCAAAAGAUUCUUUUUCUGAUGCUGAUGAUUCAGGAAACAAACGACUGUCUCGUGGAAUUUCUAGGGCUACUGAAAAUGUUAACUUGGUGUCAAGAGCGAGAAGUAAAUUGGCGAGAGAGUUUGUAGUUACUGGUUGUGAAAAAAAUCAAGAGUUAUCAGGACUUGAAACUCCAAUAUAUACUUUUUCAUUGCCAGACCUGUCAAUUUACCCAACAGAUUUCAGGGAAUUUUUAGAAAAAGAUCUGAUAGAAACUUCUACCUUAGUUUCAUUAGAAAAUGCAGGACGUUUGAACUGGUGGGCAGAGAAAGGUACCUGCCAAAGAUUAUGGCCAUUGGCUACCACUGGUGAUGGAAAUUGUUUGCUUCAUGCUGCAUCUUUAGGUAUGUGGGGAUUUCAUGAUAGGUUGUUAACUCUCAGAAAAGCACUUCAUAGGCUACUUUCUAAUAGUACUUUUACUGAAGCAUUUUAUAGAAGAUGGCGUUGGCAAGUUUCCUUACAAAACAAAGAGGCUGGUCUUGUUUAUUGUGAAGAUGAAUGGAAACGCGAAUGGAGCACUCUUUUAAAAAUGGCUUCUACUGAACCUAGACUUCUUCCUAGCCAAAAACGAAACUACAGUGAAAGUUCAAAUAAAGGACCACUGCUGGCAGUUCCAGAAGAAGAAAUUCAGCCUGAUAUCUACGAAAGCUUGGAAGAAUUCCACGUGCUUGCAUUAGCUCAUGUUCUUCGUAGGCCCAUCAUUGUUAUAGCUGAUACAGUUUUGAAAGAUGUCACUGGAGAGCCUUUUGCUCCUAUACCCUUUGGUGGAAUAUAUUUACCUUUAGAAUGUCCGCCGGCCGAAUGCCUUCGGUCACCUUUGUGUUUGACAUACGAUGCAGCUCAUUUUUCUGCUCUUGUUGCAAUGGAGAAAGAAGCAUAUGCAGAUAAAACUCCUCACCCACCAGCUGCUAUCCCUUUAAUUGAUUCUGAUCACAAAUUACUGCCAAUACAGUUUGCUGUUGAUCCUGGAUUAGAGGUCAGAUGGGGUCAAGAUGAAAAUGACCCCCUCAUAAUCUCUAAAUUAACUUUGACUGAUAAAGAUAAACUUGGUUUGCUAAAUGAAUAUUUAGAUGUUAUUGACUUGCCUGUUAGUGGCAUCUCAAAGCAGGACUCUGUUGAUUUUCAAGAGGAGGAUUCUAUGUCAAAUAGUACUGAUAUUGAUAGAAGUUCAGCUGCUGGGAGCUUUGAUUCAGAUGACAGCAUUGUUGAUAGGGGUUCUGGCAGCUCCAGCCCAGGUGGUUUGUUGUCAUUACAAAGAAGCAAAGCUACGAGACAGCUCCAGAGUGUCGCUAAGCAAUUUGGUAGCAUUGGCAGAACAAUGAGCAAAAAGAUCAAGAAAAAUUUUGGCAGUUUCACUAGGCGUGCAUCAUUUAGGGGAACUCCGGAAAGCAAAUCUGUUGAUUCAUUGAAGAACAAAAAGGUUAAAGAUCCUGCUUUAGCUGUCCGGUUGUCUGCCAGUAGCAUUAUUGGUACUCCAGACAGCAUCAUUGCAGCUGUCAUCCACACUGACAACAGGCAUGAGUAUCAGGAAGAAAUGAUACGUAAUUAUUUGAAUUCAGCCAGGUAUCGUUUCUUGAAAGAAAAAGAAAAGAAGAGGCAGGAUGGGAAUUCGGAUACCAGGUGUGAUCCUAGUUCAUUGUGUAUUGUUCCUGGUUGCAGCUUAUAUGGAACUCAGAAGACUCAUUUUAUGUGUUCAACAUGUUUUAGUGAACAGAAAUUUCAUGCAGUGGAUGAAAACAAACACAAAAGUUCUCCUCCUUGUCAUUCCUCAAAAAGCAAUAAUGUUUCGAGUGUUGAAAGUCUCGAGUUUGACCGAGAAAUUUCUUUGGAUAAAGUGCCCUUAAAUUCCAAACCUGCAAAAUCUGAUAAUAUAUCUCUUUCAAGUAAGUCUGCUAAAUGCAAAGAUUCAAGUAGCUCUUUGCAGAAUGCGGUAUCGAGGACAUCUCUGAAACCUGCUUCGAAAACAAAACUGCAUCUUAGUACUAUUUAGAAAUGAAAGCCUUAUUUGUAUUAUAUGUAAAAUUGUUUGAGAUUUAACAGUUCCCUAAAAGAGAUUCAAUUUAUGUAUUUAAGUCAUUUUUCUAAUGUUCUGAGUAUUUUUUUAUUUUAUAAUUUCUUAUA